GAAACCAAUGAACAUGGCAAAUAUUUAAGUACUUCUACUCGAACAAGACAUAGAAAGCGAGAAAAAAAUCUUCAAAAUACUUUUACAAUUUUAAAUAAUAUAUCCAAUAGUCAAACAAAUAUUAUUAGUAUGGAGGAUAUUGAAGAAAAUAUUAAUCAAAAUAUUGAAAAAAAUUUGGAAAAUGAAUUGUUUGAAAUAGAAAAAUUAGAAAUGAAUGAAAAAAUAGAAGAAGAAGAAUUAGAAAUGAAUGAAGAA